UUUUUGUUUUUUUUUUUUUUUUAACACAUGUUCAUAAUAAGUUAAUAACAGGUUCAUGUACCGUCAUCCUAUAUAUGGCAACUGCAUAAGCAAUUUGUUGCUAACAGUUGUCCAAUGACGGAGCAGACAAAUAGUAGUGAAUUUAUGCAUCUAGACAUUUAUAGUUAUCCAAACAUGUACGACUCUUUAAGGAAAAAAACAAUGAUAAUAAAAUUGUAUUAUUUUAUGCAGAGUCUUAGCAAUCGACAAUGUACCCAUAGACUUUCACUAGUAAGAUUCCUUACAAUACUUUCUCAUCCUCAAUUUCCCUAUAUAUAUAUAUAUAUAUAUAUAUAUAUAUUUUAUAUACUCAAUCUCAUCCCGAUCCUCAAGUCCUAUAAAUAAUGCCCCAUUUGGAUAACUCUCAUAACCCUUUACCAACCCUACUUACCUUUCUUGUAGAAUUGACAGUCUAUUGAAAUUUUCUCUAUUGUUCUUGUGAUCAUGUUCUCUAUGAUCUUAGAAUUAUUUGUAGCAAAAACCCAUCUCUAAUCUAUGAGUUUCAUAUCCCUCCUUCGUCGAAUUCGACUUCUCCAAUCGUUUUCUGUUGUUUUUCUCUAUUGGUUCUAUGUUUUCUCGAUAAUCUGUUGAUCUCUAACCUCAUAAUAAGUGUUUGCUUGAUAUAAACGGUCAAAACAAUUUUUUUUUUUUAUAUUUGUACAUACAAUUUUGAAAGCAGAUUGAAAUAAAAUGUUGCCUGGGAAAGUACUAAUUAUUACCAGCUCCGGUUCAGAAGGGGACGAGCGAUAUGCAAAAAUGGAUGAAAGGAAGAGGAAGAGGAUGAUGUCGAAUCGAGAAUCGGCAAGGAGGUCUCGGAUGAGGAAAGAGCAGCACAUUAAAGAGCUCAAUAACCAAGUCAGCUACUUGAAGAGCAGCAACAAUGUGAUUGUUCAGGAAAUGAACAGUGUUAGGCAACUAUGGUCAGGUGUAGAGUCUGAGAACAUGGUUCUGAGAGCUCAAUUGGCCGACCUGAAGAAUAGGUUGGAGUCUCUGGAGAUUGUUCUGAGCUAUAUGCGCGGCACAAGCACGAGCACGAGCACGAGCACGAGCGGCUGUUCCAUGGCCAUCUGUCAAGAUGAUCCACUGCUUAAGCCACUGCAGGUCUCUUGCCAGUCCAUGCCCCUCAUGGCCUCUUAUGCUGGCAUGUUCCGGUUUUGAUUCUAGAUGAAGCAAGUUAUCAUAACCAUGUUGGGAUUGUAUAUAAAUAAUACAAGAAUGUUACAGUUUUUUUUUUUUUUUUUUUUGUAAGGGUGCUUCAUGUUUGGUUCAGAAUUGAAUUGGAUUGGAUUGGAUGGAAUAGGAUAAUCAUGUAUACAUUGGGUGGGAUUGUGUGGUUUAUGUAAUCUCAUAUAUAUGUUAGCAAUUACUAUACAUUCAGCAAACAUGAGUUUUAUUUUUA